GCCGAGCACCUGCCGCUCCUGGCUCGCGCCGGGGUGCGCCAUCUCCAAGGCCUGGUGGGCUGCCAUGACAGCCUGGUGGCGGCGGGCCUGCCACCGGAAGCUCUCAAGGCCAUCCUGGCCGCUCCCCCCCCGCCGGGGGCGGUGUCGACUCUGGCCUUGGUCGCGGCCGGCCGGGGCCAGGCGGGCGGAGGCGCGGGCUUCCCUGGCCGCCGCGGUCGAGGCGGUUCCCAACCUGAAGAGGGCUAUCGCCGAGCUUCGGGGCGACAUGCUGGCCAAGACGACUCGGGGGCCAUACGAGUCACGCCUCAAGACCUGGAACAGGUCAUCGGGGCGGGCUUCAAGAAGGGCGCCUACCGCAGCGCCAAGGAGUACUUCCUCGCCCCCUUCAGGCACCAGGAGAACGAGCUUCGCAUCGCCGUCGACCCGCUCCUGCGCCGCUUGGCUAAUCGGAUCAUCCGGUCCGUGGUGCGGGGCCUCCCGGGCUCGCGCCUGAAGGAGGCCUUCCCCGUGCUCGCCCUGGUGCCGCUGCCGCUUGUCGCCUUCGCCGACGCCGAGCCCUUCGACAUCUCCCGCCCGGCCCACUCGGUGGACGUCUACAUCAUCGCCGUAUGGUUCAUGUUGCGCGAGAUCGAGGUCGCGGCCGCCCGGGUGGGCGACUUGGUCAUCAUGCGGGCGGAGGUCGUCCUGGACCU